GCAUUUAACGUUCAAAAACGUCACUUUAUUAAAUGUCUUUUGUUUUUUGAAAGAGCUUACAAACUGCUGCGCCAUUAAUUUAUCUAACGCGAAAGCUUAAUUUGCAAAGAAGAAACAAGCACAGAAAUAAAAAGCUUUUGCAUAGAACUAUAGUCGACAUUUGUUUUCCAACCAGUUGACAAUCAACCAAAAACAUUUGAAGUGAUCUCAUUCCGGGUGCAGUGUAGCAGCAGAGUAUCAUACGAAGCAAAUCCACAAACAAAAUGGCUCAAAAUAUGCUGGCCUCCCGAGGUAUGCGUUUCCUGAUGACCCGCUGUCGACCGGCUCCGUUGUAUACUUGGACCGUAAAAUCAUCUGCCCCAACAAUGACGACGACUGCAUCCACAACUACAACUUGGUAUAUUCGACCAAUACAACCACCUAUGACGGCUGCCUAUUCAAAGGAUACAAAGAACAUUUUCACUACAUCGAUGUUAAUUCAAAAACAUUUCGGUUCAAAUGCGGCACCCCAACCUUCACCCAUUACUAAAAAUAAUGAAAUCUCAACAUCUCAAGCAUCAAGUUCAUCAUCAUCAUCAACUAAACCAUUAGCCCCCUCCACCAUGGAAUCACAAGCAAAACCCCUCAUAGAAGCAUUAGCUGCAGCAAAAUCAUCUCCCACCACCUCAUCCACAUCUGCAACCACGUCAUGUUCAUCAAAAGAUCCAUGUAGUAAGUUUUCAUCCACAAAACCUCCCAAAUCGCCACCAGAUUCCCCUAUCCAACCACCGAACAUUAAACUACCCAAUCGGGAUCAAGUGGAAAAGUACUUUUUCACCGCAUUGAUCUAUGUUUGGGAUUUGUGUUAUUAUGUUUUUUGUUUGACACUGCGUUUAAUCGAUACGUAUAUUUUGAAAAAUCCUACUCUGCAGCAGUAUUGGAAACAAUUCAUGAAACGUUUGGACGAACAGCGGGAAGCCAUGAAAUCGAGGAAGUGAAAUGUCAAAAAACAAGGUUGCUCUACUAUGUUUCUGCUAUAAAGGAUGUACCUCUUUGAGUCACCUUGGGACUUAUUUUUAUAACUGCACAGCGAAUUAUUUUGUUUCUUCUAAUAUUUAUUAUUUUUUACAAUGUUUUGUAAUAAUCUUUAGAAUAAAUAAUUUCAAUAACAAGUAA